AUGGCAGUACCACAACAAUUCAAGUGCUACAUUGGCGAAGAGCGUCUCGCAAAGCUCCAAAAGAGACUGGAACUUACCGAGCUUCCCAGUGAAUUGGAGGGAGUAGAGCCAUGGACACGAGGGACGCCAUUGUCGGAGAUCCAUCGUCUGCAUGAAUAUUGGAUGCGUGGUUUCGACUGGCGCAAAGCUGGGAGAGAUAUCAACCUAUAUCCGCAAUUCAUUAGUGAGAUAGAGGUUGAAGGGUUCGGUGCCCAGUCGGUCCAUUUCAUGCAUGUCAAGAGCAACAACGAGCACGCCAUCCCUUUGUUAUUCGUCCAUGGAUGGCGUGGGAGCUUCCACGAGGCUUCGAAGAUUGUUCCUCUCCUGACGGUGGUCUCGAACGACUUCCCCUCCUUUCAUGUGGUGGCGCCCAGCCUGCCUUCAUUCGGUUUCUCCGGCUCGGUCCAAAAGAAAGGAUUCCACAGCGGGAAGCAUGCAGAAGCACUACAUAAACUAAUGCUGUCUCUGGGAUACACCCAAUACGUGACUCAGGGAGGUGAUGUGGGCCACUCGGUAACGCGAAUGAUAGCGUACAGUUAUCCCGAACACUGCAAAGCUCACCAUCUGAACAUGGUUGUCGCCUCUCAACCGAGCGAGGAUCAGUUUCCGCAACUGGUGGAGAAGAUCAAAAAAACAUCAAUUUCGGAGCAGGAGCAGAUGGGCCUCGAUCGCUCUCAGAAGUUCUUCAGCGAAGGAAUGGCUUACGCUCUGAUGCAUGCGCAGCGCCCCCAGACUAUAGCUUACAGCAUGGUCGAUAGCCCUAUCGGCCUUCUUGCAUGGAUCUACGAGAAACUACAUGCUUGGACGGACGCAUAUCCCUGGACCGAUGACGAGAUUUUGACGUGGGUUUGCACUUAUUAUUUCUCGACCGCUGGACCUCAUGCACCCGCGCAAUGGUAUCACGAAAACUACUACUCCGAGUGCGUAAGUACCGUGACAAAGUACAUCGAUGUCAAGCUCGGUGUAUCCAGGUUCCCACUUGAGAUCGUGCAGAUGCCGCGGCUGUGGGCGCACACAUUGGGCCCGAUAGUGUUUGAGCGGAAUUAUGACGCCGGUGGUCAUUUUGCGGCUUGGGAAAGGCCACAGGCUUUGGUCGACGACUUGAGGGAGAUGUUCGGAAAGAACGGAGGAGCCUUUGGAUGCGUGGUUGGCAAGAGUGGAUACAAGACAGGAUGA